UAAGCAAACAGCCCAUUUCGUUCCAUCUUUUCUUCUUCCUUUCCCCCUCGCGCGAAAGUUUCUGUGAUUUUUUUUGUGAAGCGACGAUGUGGGCAAGCGCCGAAGGAGGGCCGCCGGAGGUAACUCUGGAGACUUCCAUGGGUUCUUUCACUGUCGAGCUUUACUUCAAACACGCACCGAGAACAUGUAGAAACUUCAUCGAGCUUUCCCGGCGAGGUUAUUAUGACAAUGUCAAAUUCCACCGGAUUAUUAAGGAUUUUAUUGUGCAAGGUGGAGAUCCCACAGGAACUGGACGGGGUGGGGAGUCUAUUUAUGGCAAGAAGUUUGAGGAUGAAAUAAAACCAGAGUUGAAGCAUACUGGAGCUGGUAUUCUAUCUAUGGCAAAUGCUGGUCCUGAUACAAAUGGAAGCCAAUUCUUUAUCACUCUUGCUCCUUGCCCAUCUUUAGAUGGAAAGCACUCCAUCUUUGGAAGAGUUUGUAGGGGAAUGGAAAUUAUCAAAAGGCUUGGCAGUGUACAAACUGAUAACAAUGAUAGACCCAUCCAUGAUGUGAAAAUACUGCGGGCAUCAGUUAAAGACUAAAGCUUUUCAGUUAUUAACUUUGGACACACUCGUCAUUGUAUCUUGACCCUGUAUGCAGCAAUAAAAACCACGUUAUGUGUUUCAUGACAGAAGGAAGGAAACGAAAAUUUUCCGUGUUAGUUGGUCGUAGAAAGAGCAGGGGAAAAGAAGCUUUCAAUCUCAUAAAAUGUUCUAAUUCUAAAUUCAUAAACACUUGGCAUUUGACUGGCUUCUCUUUUUAUAACAAAUAUGAGAUUGAGGGUCUUCCAAAUUCACAUGUCUCACAUCCUUUUAUGUAUUCA